AUGUCCAAUCAGCCUCGCAAAGGAUGCUUUGAGGUGCGACUGGCUGACGGUUCAUCCACGUUCAUCUCCCUUCUGUCCAUGCCGCGUCCGUUUGGGAAGCUGAAAGCGUUGGACAUAGAUGCUGAAGCAGAGAAAAUAGUGAAACAACUCCAAGAGGCUGUGAAAGAGGCCAGCGACCCUGAUGCAGAGGACGUGCAGGAAAAAGAGUAA